UCUAACGCCAAUGUAUACUAUUUCCCUGUCAGUUGCAGGUAUUCCUUCCCAAGGAGGAGAUAAGAGAACACAACCGAGGCGUAGAACACGUUCAACCGCUGCCCUGCUUCUGAAUUCUAAACGCAUAGCGGCUUUGGAAAGAUACGGAAACAGAGAAGAGGAGAGGAGAGGAGAGAGUGAAACAGCGAAGGGAGGAAGAAAGCAGAGCUGAGUGUGUUUACCACACCUGUGAUGCUGCGUUGUUUCUAGCAACCAAGACGCGCUGCGGGGAUACCAAUGUAAUGUCCAAGGUAGUGGACCUGGAGGAAGCGUGCUGCUGCUGAGCCAACUGGACUUUGAUGCAGAGGCGCUUACUAACGGCGUAAAGAGACGACCGGAGAAGAAAACAAACCGGACACACAAAUCCGUGAACUACUACUGCUCAUUUAGCCCUGCUUUUUGUCUUUCGAAAGUUAAACCGGAGACCGGAGAAGUGCGAGCAGUUUACGGUAGCGAUGAUGCCGUUACACUUGACUCCCUUUGUCCGCGGGAGAUACAGCACCGCCACGCUGGUGAUGCUCUGCUGGCUGUUCCUCGCUGGAUUUACCUGCAUUGUUGGUUCGGAGCACGUUGCCACGGCGACACUUCCUGCCUCCUUCAACGAUCUGUUACCUCACUUCCUGGUGGAGCCUGACGAUGAGUACAUAGUGAAGAACAAGCCUGUCACCCUGACCUGUCGCUCCACCCCGGCAACACAGAUCUACUUCAAAUGUAACGGCGAGUGGGUCCAUCAGGACGAUCACCUGAUAGAACGCACCGCGGACCCUGCCACAGGUCUGCCCAUCAUGCAGGUGCAGAUCGACAUCUCCAGACAGCAGGUUGAGAAGAUCUUUGGUCUGGACGACUACUGGUGCCAGUGUGUCGCCUGGAGCACUACGGGAACCCAGAAGAGCCAAAAGGCAUAUGUCAGGAUCGCCUACCUGAGGAAGAACUUUGAGGAGGAGCCAAUGGGGAAGGAAGUAGCGUUGAACCAGGAAGUGUUGUUACGCUGUCAUCCUCCAGAGGGUGUACCACCAGCUGAGGUGGAGUGGCAGAGGAACGAGCAUGUGAUCGACCCUGUAAGCGACCCCAAUUUCUUGGUGACUGCGGACCGUAAUCUGAUCAUCAAACAGGCUAGGCUGGCGGACACGGCCAACUACACCUGCGUGGCCAAGAACAUUGUGGCUCGACGCAAGAGCUCCUCUGCCACCGUGCUGGUCUACGUGAACGGCGGUUGGUCUACCUGGACAACGUGGUCGGCGUGCAGCGCAGUUUGUGGGCGGGGCUGGCAGAGGCGGAGCCGCAGCUGCACCAAUCCCACGCCGCUGAAUGGGGGCAUGGCCUGCGACGGACAGAAUGUCCAGAAAAGCGCCUGCACCGCCACCUGCCCAGUAGAUGGAGGUUGGAGUGAGUGGUCUAACUGGUCUGCGUGCGGAGUGGACUGUUCCACGUGGCGCAGUAGAGAGUGUACCCAGCCCUCGCCUGGCACCGGGGGCAAAGACUGCCAGGGCAUCGACCUCCAGUCACUCAACUGUACCAGUCAACAAUGUCUACAGACUGCCAGUGGAGCUGAGGAUGUGGCCCUGUAUGUGGGCAUUGUAGCCGUAGCUCUCUGUCUGACCCUCAUACUCAUCGUGGUGGUCCUGGUCUACCACCGUAAGAAGGAGGGUCUGGAUGCUGACGUAGCGGACUCCUCCAUCCUGACCACGGGCUUCCAGCCUAUGGGCAUCAAGCCUAGCAAGCCAGAGAACUCCCAUUUGCUUACCAUCCAGCCUGACCUAACCACCACCACCACCAGCUACCAAGGAACCCUGCGCUCACGCCACGACGGCACCACACACACAGGCACCGCUAAGUUCUCUAUGACCAACGGUCCUCUCCUGGAACCCCUGCCAAACGGGUCGCACCACACCCUGCACAACGGGAAGUUAACCUCUGACCCUGCUGAGUUUAUGACCCGGCUGUCCAAUCAGACAUACUUCAAGACGUUGCCCCGGGACAUGGCAAACACAUCGUAUGGGACAUUCAACUUCCUGGGGGGUAGACUCACCAUCCCCAACACAGGCAUCAGCCUGCUGAUCCCUCCAGAGGCCAUCCCCAGGGGAAAGAUCUACGAGAUAUAUCUCACUGCUCAGAGGAAAGAAGAUUUAAGGUUACCCCUGGCGGGCUGCCAGACCCUGCUGAGCCCCAUAGUAAGCUGUGGUCCUCCGGGGGUGGUUCUGACGCGGCCCGCCAUUCUCAGUAUGGACCAUUGUUCUGACGCCUGUCCUGAGAACUGGGCCGUCAGGCUCAAGAAACAGAACUACGAAGGCGUCUGGGAGGACGUCUUAGUGAUGGGAGAGGAGUUGUACUCAGAGCCUUACUACUGCCAGCUGGAGGCAGAGACGUGCAGAGUGUUCUCAGAGCAGUUGGGUCGUUUCUCUCUGGUGGGAGAAUCUCUAAACAUGGCCGCCGCUAAGCGUCUCCGCCUGGUGCUCUUCUCUGACGCGUACUGCUCUACCCUGGAGUAUAACAUCAGAGUCUACUGCAUGGAUGAUACACAAGAUGUCUUUAAG